AUGGGUACCCAGAAAAAGGAAAAACAAAGAAGAGUCCGUGAGGGUGACACCCGUGAUGGCAACCUUCGUGUUAAGGGCGAAAACUUUUACAAGGAUGCCAAAAAAGUCAGACACUUGCUGAUGUACAAGACAGGCAGAGCGGUGAGAAACGCCAAGGGUGAAAUCAUCAAGGCUGCUGCUCUCCAGUCGACUGACCUUCCAAAUGCUCGUGUGGAUCCAAAUAAGAAGUGGUUUGGUAACACCCGUGUGAUUGCUCAGGACGCUUUGACUCAUUUCAGAGAGGCUAUGGGUGAUAAGAAGCACGAUACGUACUCUGUGCUUUUGAAGAGAAACAAGUUGCCCAUGUCUCUUUUGGAUGAAAAGGACCAGACUGACUCUCCUACGGCUAGAAUACUCGAGACUGAGUCGUACGAGCACGCUUUUGGUCCUAAGCAGCAGAGAAAGAAGCCUAGAAGCCAGGCUGCUUCUUCUUUGGAAGAAUUGGCUGAGCUUACGGAAAACGACUCGAAAGCUUACCAGGAGAAGCAGGAACUCGACGCCACCUUGGGUCUUAUGGGUGGCUCGUUCUUGGAUUCGGAAGAUUACACACAAACUGCCAAGGAGGCUAUUUUCCAUAAAGGUCAGUCCAAGAGAAUUUGGAAUGAGCUUUAUAAGGUUAUUGAUUCUUCCGAUGUGGUGAUCCAUGUUUUGGAUGCGAGAAACCCCUUGGGAACUCGCUGUGAGAGCGUGGAGAAGUACAUCAGAGAAGAGUGUGCCCACAAACACUUGAUUUACGUUUUGAACAAGUGUGAUCUCGUGCCCACUUGGGUAGCGGUAUGUAUUUUUGUUUCCCAUUUGUUGGUGUCGGUUGCAAACGCAAUUCUCUCUUCUAUCCCAAAGCCUUUUGUCAGGGUGAACGUCUCGAUUAAUUUCGGCCUUACUACACAUUUGCCUGUUACGUCUUUGGAAGAUCAAUGCUACCCGCCCGCAGGCCCUUGUUUCAAGGCUGCUUGGGUUAAGCAUUUGUCCAAAUCUUAUCCAACAUUGGCAUUCCACGCAUCGAUUAAGAACUCUUUCGGUAAAGGUUCUUUGAUCCAGUUGUUGCGUCAAUUCUCUACUUUGCAUUCGGACCGUAAGCAGGUUUCUGUCGGUUUCAUCGGUUACCCUAACACCGGUAAGUCUUCUAUCAUCAACACCUUGCGCCAGAAGAAAGUGUGCCAGGUUGCACCUAUUCCCGGCGAGACCAAGGUUUGGCAGUACAUUACCUUGAUGAAGAGAAUCUUCUUGAUCGAUUGUCCGGGUAUUGUGCCACCAAGCAAUAGAGACACAGAGUCGGAUAUCUUGUUUAGAGGUGUGGUGAGAGUGGAGCACGUUUCUAACCCAGAACAGUACAUUCCUGAUAUGCUUGAAAAGUGUGAAAGAAAGCACUUGGAGAGAACUUAUGAGAUCAAGGGCUGGGCCAAUUACGAAGAAGACCCAUCUCUUCUAGAGAGGGCUAGUAACGAGUUCAUUGAGCUUAUCGCCAGAAAACAAGGUAGAUUGUUGAAGGGUGGUGAACCAGAUGAGAGUGCCGUUGCUAAGCAGGUGUUGAAUGACUUCAACAGAGGUAAGAUUCCUUGGUUUGUUCAACCACCUAAGGAUGAAGAGGUCAGAACCGGUGAGGACAAGAAGGCUGACUUUAAGAGAAAGAGAGCAGAAAGAGAGCUCGAGAAGGAGGCCCAAGAAUCUGCCAAGAGACUCAAACUAGACGAGGAAGAGGGAGAAGAAGAAGAACAGGCUGAAGAGGACGAGGAGGCCGAGGAGGACGCUUCAGAGGAGAAAGAGGUCUCUGAAGAGGCCGAAGACAAGGAAUAG